UCAGAAACAGCUCUAAAAUACUGCAUACAAAACCAACUGUCCAGUUCUCGCAAGAUGUACGGGGAGUCAUGCCCAGUAUUCUGCCCGAGCCACUACCGCCCCGUCUGCGGCGCUUCUAAGCUCAAGUCGUACGUCUACAGGACUUUCAACAAUGGAUGCUAUUUGGACAUGAUCAACUGCCGAGGGGAGGAUGAUUAUACAGGAUAUGUGGAAGUACCAUUGGAGUAUUGCCCACAUCACCUCAUGAAGAACAUAUUCAAAGAACAGGUCGUGAUCACGAAUAUGAACGAUUUUCACGAAGGAUUCUAAAACUUAAAGUCAAAUAAAAGUGAAAAGUUAUAAGUUCACCUGUGAGAGAUUUUCUGUUUUAAAUAAAUACAUAAAAUAAUACUUA